CAGGGGGGCGGGGCCUAGAUGGGUCCUGCGCCCACAGCUACCUGGGUAAGGCCCAAGAUGGCUGCCUUCACGUUGGUAUACUUGUGAAGUCGGCGGGGGCAGUUCCUGUCGUCAUCUUCUUGAGGGCCACAUUUGGUCCUCAUUCUUGGGCUUGUUUGGUGUGCUGUUGAAAGGGGGACUAGAGAAAUGGCAGGGAGCCUCUUAUGCGGGGCAGGUCGGCGCCUGUUGGACUGGGUGCCUUUGGCGUGCAGAAGCUUCUCUCUCGAUGUUCCUAGAUUGAUCGGUAUAAGGCUCACCCUCCCGCCCCCCAAAGUGGUUGAUCGUUGGAACGAGAAGAGGGCCAUGUUCGGAGUGUAUGACAACAUCGGGAUCCUGGGAAACUUUGAAAAGCACCCCAAAGAACUGAUCAGGGGCCCUGUAUGGCUUCGAGGUUGGAAAGGAAAUGAAUUGCAACGCUGUAUCCGAAAGAAGAAAAUGGUCGGACAUAGAAUGUUCGCUGAUGACCUGCAUAACCUUAAUAAACGCAUCCGCUAUCUCUACAAACACCUUAACCGACAUGGGAAGUAUCGAUAGAAGAGAAAGCUGAGAAUUGCGGGAAAAGCUCAUCUGUUACCCUGGAGAAGGGAAACUACUUUUCCUUAUGAGGAAACGGCUUUGUCUGCUCUCUGGAAUAAAAUGGGGCUUCUUUGGAAUUUGA